CAAUAAAAUAAUAUAAAGAUCACACUAUAUGAUCAGAACAAUAAGAUAUACAGAGUACAUAAAUAUAACACGGCAAAGAGAUUCUACAUUAUACAAUCACAUAAUAUUUUUUUAAUUAAUGAAAAUUUAGAGCUUGACUUUGUAGAUUCAAAGCAUGAUUAAAAAACUAAAACGAAGAAUAAUUAAGGUUAAUUAACACUAAUCAAGUAACUAGAUAUUCCCCUUAUUUCCCUCCAAGUCCUGUAUCCCACACGCCCCGCCUCACCUCUAUAGGCGUAAACCUCGUGUCUUUGUCCAUACUCUUCACUCUUUUCCCUCCCUAUAUAAAUCCCUUCUCCCCCCAAAAACCUCUACUAACUUUAUUUUCUCUCCCUUCCUUCUUAAUUGGCUUUUAUUUAUAAUUUCAACUCUCAAAUAUUAAUCUAUUCAGAUGGCACCAAAAUAUGAUCAACAUAUGUACCCAGAGAACUCAUCGGACGCCUCAUCGACGUAUAACGAUGAGGCGAUGGCAAUAAAUGUAGAUGAGAAUAAUAAUAGUAAUAGUAAGAAGAGACAGAGGGAUACGAAGCACCCCGUGUACCGGGGUGUUCGUAGGAGAGCUUGGGGAAAAUGGGUUUCCGAGAUCCGAGAACCUCGAAAGAAGUCUCGGAUUUGGCUCGGGACUUUCUCAUCCCCUGAGAUGGCGGCUCGUGCACAUGACGUGGCCGCCUUGAGUAUCAAGGGUUCAUCUGCUGUGCUCAACUUCCCUGAUCUCGCUCCCUCUCUCCCCCGCCCUCUCUCCAACUCUCCUCGCGAUGUCCAGCUUGCGGCUGCCAAGGCAGCCGCCCUCGAGUUCAACUUCACAGCAACAGAAGAAAACACCGUCGCCACAACAACUACAACGGAAGACAAUGGCGCUACUGCCAGCACCAGCAGCAGCAGUAGCAGCACUGCUGCUGCUCCCGCUGGUGCCACCAUCCAGGAGCAUGCAACGAAUAGCAGCAGUGCUGCUACUGCGGAUGUGGCACCAGCCUCACCUUCAACAUCCUCAUCAACAACCGCAUUGUCCUCAGACUCCACGAUCGUGUCAGGGGACGAGGAACAACUACUAGGAGAAAUAGUAGAGCUGCCAAGUUUGGAAGAUGAGUUCGGGUUCGACUCGGCGGAGUUCGUGGACAGAACGUGGUUAAUGUACGAGUUCUACGACUCGGAUCCACUGCUUCAAUGCUGGGUAAAUAAUGAAAAUACAAGUGCUACUGAGGGGUAUUUUGGGGAACAAGGUUUGAGCUAUAAUACCUCUUUUGACGCUUUGUUAUGGCAUCAUUAAAUGCAAAAGCAUUUUUUUUUUUCUUAUAAUUUUUUUUUUUUCUAAAAAAAAAGUAAAAAAAAGAGAGACAUGUUCUUCCCUCCUCCUUAAAUUGCCUUUAAGUGAUGGCAGAUAUAUAUAUAUAUUUAGGGAAUUAAAUAGA